UCGAGACUGUCACAGGUUAUUUGAACGUCUGCUUCUUGUCAGUGUCCACUUGCCAGUAUUUCAGAACAAGAAAACCGACAUCGGGCCUUCAAUUUCUGGACCAAGCAAUAAGAUGUCUCCAAUUCCAGCGAUGUCCGACGACCAGACAGCCAUUUCUCCAAAUAGAUCUCCGGCGGCGGAAUUGUCUCCUAUCUCUUACCCUAAUUUGCUCAAUUAUCCAGGUCUGCCAUCAGUUGGCCAACAAACUCUCGAAAAGCCAGUAUUUUCAUUUUCAUCAAUUCAGUCAAUCACUUCUUUUCUUACGCAAAAUGUACCGACUUACGAGCAACAAGUAAUAUUUCCUUUAAAAACAAAUUCUUCUACUUCACCCAACGGUCUCUGUCACGACCGUCCGCGAACUCAGCGCAAACGACGUCUCAGUAAUCGCGAAGAUAGGGACAGGGGUAAACUUUGCGAGCCGUCAAAAGCGAGAAAACGUGAAUGUCAGAGUUUUGAGGAGAUGCAGAAUCAACGAGUGCUUGCUAACGUGCGAGAGAGACAGCGGACACAGAAUCUCAAUGAAGCUUUUGCCGCUUUACGAAAGAUCAUCCCUACUCUGCCGUCGGACAAACUCAGCAAGAUCCAGACUUUGAAAUUGGCCACUCGCUACAUUGAUUUCUUGUACCAAGUUCUCAAAGAAGACGAGCACGAUGUCAAGUUGACCAGCUCAUGCAGUUACGUAGCCCACGAGCGACUAAGCUAUGCCUUUUCAGUUUGGAGGAUGGAAGGAGCUUGGUCGGAACACUGAUAUGUGAUAGUCACAGGAACUCGAGGUUAUUGCGCCCUAGGUGAACACUGGAAUUGUGUAUUGUUCCCAGGAGAAUUUGUGAGUCCAGAGACAAAAGGGGGCGGAGUUCAAACAAAGCUCCAUUUGGCCCACAUGUAUAGAAUUCACAUGCCAAAGUUUAAACGGAUUUUCAAAACUUAACCAAAGAUAAAAAAGUGGCCUUACCAUCUUGAAAAUCUAAAGACUUUCUUAAUAGCUCACCGAUAACGCAGGCCUGCGAAUUUCAACUUCAUAAAAGGUGUUUUGGUUUCAAUAACGGAUUUUCCAUAAUUCAGCUAUGCAAAUUUCGAAAAUAAUGAUUAAUCUUUUUCUAUCGCGUAACGAUUUUUUACAAAUAGGGAAGAAAAAAAACUGUUACUUAGAUCAAAUUAUUAUUUCGUUUACCACAAUGAACAUUUUUUAUUAUGUUUGUUAACGAAAAUACAAACAAACUGAAAAAAAGGAAGAACACUGAUGUCAAAUGAAUGUGCAUCCUAAUUCAUCCUGACUGUUUUUGUAAAAUCUACGUCUUUUAGUCUCAAAACUACGUGUUGUGGUCUUUCUUUUAUGUAU